UCAAGUUGGUCUCUGAACUAGCUGUCAUCGGACACAACAUGCCUGCACAGACUAGAAUAAAGUCCUCAAAGACAUCAAAGACUUUCACAAAAUGAGGGGAAUAUUCAACAUCUUCGGCACUUUCUGUCAACUGGCUGCCUCAGUUAUAAAUACAAUCUUAUUCGGGCCUUUGGACGAUGAGCUAUCUGCUAAAGAGGAUGAAAGCCAGGAAGAGUCCACCGAUAAUGCGGAGGAGUUGCACGACGAUCCGCUCAAUAUCAGCUCGAGUCCCAAUAAGGAAAGGGAAGUUCACUGCGUCUGUGAGGAGGUUAAUGGUCGUUUACAUAAGCUCUACGAUCUGCGGGAUUACGUGCUUGAUCCUCAAGACGAUAUGCAGCAGGCCAUGCGUCGCGAAGAAGCUCGUCAAAAAGCGCAAACUGGAUACCACCAGCCCCUAAGCCUGCCGCGUAGCAUCCGGCGCACGGUAGAGCAACAUUUGCAGUUUGUUUCUGAAGAUCGGUUAUAAAUAGUUCAUUUCCAUUAUUCCUUCAUAUAUUCCCAAAUUCACUAAUCGAUUGAUGUUAAUUUGUUUUUUUUUCUUCCAAAUUUUUAUUUUGAUACCUCACACGAGUCUGUGAGAGACACAAAUAGAAGUUUCCAUUAGCUGGAAAGAGACAGCGUUGCAGGUGCGGCGCAAGAAUUCGCAUCUUUUCUUAUAUUCUUAUAAGCAUUUAUAUAAAAUAUAUAAAUAUAUCGGUCAGCAGCCUUUCGUUCUCAGACUAAAUUUAUAGUUUACGUUUUCUAUUACCAUCCACAAAUCGAUUUGAAACCCAUAAUUUGGUCUGUUCUUAGGGAUCUCAUUUCUUGCCCGAUCGUUAAUAUGCUGUACUUGCAGCUAAAGAAGCAUCCAAUGCUUUGUUUCAACGGGGAUUGGUUUGCAGAAAGAUAUACAGUCGAAUGGGUAGACGUGCGAUGCCUUAUCGACUAAGCUUAUCAUCCUGGGAUCUUUGACUUUACUUUACUCUUAGCAAGGCUAGAACACACAAUACGAACGUGUCAGUCGGGUUGCC